AUGCAAGAGACGCUCCUCACUCUCCCUCUCUCCCACCACCAAGACAUCCACAUUCGCGCCAAGAAGAAGAAACCGCAACAACCAGGAACCGAACAUAGCAGCAACAGCAACAGUAGCAGCGGCGGACACUCCACCACUCGCGUGUCGCGGCGCGUGAGUCCUGUCGGGGAGAAGUCUCUUCCGAACGGCGACAUCUACAGCGGCACCCUGUCGGGAAACGCGCCGCACGGCACCGGGAAGUACCUCUGGUCCGAUGGGUGCAUGUACGAGGGGGAGUGGCGAAAGGGGAAAGCUUGUGGCAAGGGGAGGUUCUCGUGGCCCUCGGGCGCCACAUACGAGGGGGAAUUCAAGUCGGGUCGGAUAGACGGGUUUGGAUCCUUCAUCGGCGUCGACGGCGACAUGUACAAAGGCUCCUGGGUGGCCGACAGAAAGCACGGGUUCGGCGAGAAACGGUACGGCAAUGGGGACGUCUAUAAAGGUUGGUGGAGGUGCAACUUGCAGGAGGGGGAGGGGAGGUACACGUGGAGGAACGGGAACGAGUAUGUGGGGGAGUGGAGGAGUGGUGUCAUUUCGGGGAAGGGGUUUUUGGUGUGGGCAAAUGGGAACCGUUACGAGGGGUUUUGGGAGAAUGGUGUGCCUGUGGGAAAGGGUGUUUUCACGUGGUGUGAUGGGAGCACGUGCGCGGGGAACUGGGGGAAGGAGUUUAUGGAAGAGGCACGUGAGGAGAAGAUGAAGAGGAGUUCGGUGGAUGGGUGCAGGAGUGUGAGUUUUCCCAGGAUUUGUAUUUGGGAGUUGGAUGGAGAAGCUGGGGACAUCACCUGUGACAUUGUUCACAAUGCUGAGGCUUCUCUGUUCUACAGGGAUGGUACCAGUACCAGUGAGUCUGAGAACGGUGGAGAUGAUAUUAUUAUUAAUAAUAAUAAUGGGUGUGGGGUUCUUCAGAAGAGUCCUUGUUGGUCUCUUGAUGGUUCUGGUGGUGACGUUAAGAAGCCUGGUCAAACUGUGUGCAGAGGGCAUAAGAAUUAUGAUCUUAUCCUUAGUCUUCAACUGGGUAUUAGAUACACUGUUGCCAAGCAUGCUUCUAUAGUCAGAGAGCUUAGACCGGGGGAUUUUGAUCCCAAGGAGAAGUUCUGGACGAGGUUCCCUCUUGAAGGGUCUAAGUUUACACCCCAGCAGCAUUCAGUGGACUUCAGGUGGAAAGACUACUGUCCCAUGGUGUUCAGACAUCUAAGGGAAUUAUUUGCCAUAGAUCCUGCGGAUUACAUGCUUGCUAUUUGCGGAAGUGACACACUAAGGGAGAUGUCUUCUCCGGGAAAAAGUGGAAGCAUCUUUUAUCUCACUCAAGAUGACCGCUUCAUAAUUAAGACUGUCAGGAAGUCUGAAGUCAAGGUGCUCAUUAGGAUGCUUCCAAGCUACUACAAACAUGUUUGUUUGUACAAGAACUCCUUGGUGACUGCUUUCCUGGGUGUGCAUUGUGUUAAACCUGUUGGAGGUCAAAAGACCCGGUUUAUUGUAAUGGGCAAUGUGUUUUGCUCCGAGUACCGGAUCCACAAAAGGUUUGACCUGAAAGGUUCUUCUCAUGGUCGAACAACGGAUAAGCCAAGAGAGGAGAUUGAUGAGACUACCACUCUCAAAGACCUUGAUCUUAAUUUUGUCUUUCGCCUGGAACAGUCUUGGUUUCAAGAGCUUAUACGGCAACUCGAUAGAGACUGUGAGUUCUUGGAAGCAGAGGGAAUCAUGGAUUACAGUCUUCUAAUUGGCCUGCAUUUUCGAGAUGAUUGCACGGUUGAGGAAAUGAAAAGUUCACCUCGCAAUUCGUAUUCAGGCAAGAGAGACAUGCUUGACGAUGAGAUGCUCACAUGCCGGGGACCGCUGAUCCGGCUGGGAAUGAACAUGCCUGCCAGAGCUGAGAGUGUGUGUAAGGCUGGAUUGGAUCAGCAAACGGGUAGUGGAAGUGGCAAUUCUAGUUCUACCCCUUCGGAGAGUAGUAGCCAGAUCUCUGAUGUAAUCCUCUACUUUGGUAUCAUUGACAUUCUCCAAGACUAUGAUAUAAGCAAAAAGAUAGAACAUGCAUACAAGUCACUACAAGUGGACUCCACCUCUAUAUCAGCCGUUGAUCCCAAGCUAUACUCCAAAAGGUUCAGGGAUUUCAUACACAGAAUCUUUGUAGAGGAUAAAUGA